AUGCCUAGCAUCUUCAGCUACCAGAGCUCCGAGGUAGACUGGUGUGAGGACAAUUUCCGACACUCCGAACUGGUAGCUGAGUUCUACAACACGUUCAGCAAUGUGUCCUUCCUCAUCAUCGGGUCCAUCUUGCUGGUCCUGAUGCAUUCCUACUCCAAACAGCGCUCCAGAAGCAUCCAAGGCGUCUGCGUCCUCUUCAUGUUCGUAGGCCUGUUCUCUAUGUACUUCCACAUGACACUCAGCCUCCUGGGCCAGCUGCUGGAUGAACUCUCCAUCCUAUGGCUCUUGGCCUACAACUACGGCUUGUGGAUGCCCCGCUGCUACUUCCCGGCCUUCCUGAAGGGCAGCAGGUCCCACUUCUACAGCCUGGUCCUCUUCAUCACCGUGAUCAGCACGUUCCUGUCUUUUGUGAGGCCUGUGGCCAACGCAUACGCCCUCAACAGCAUUGCCCUGCACAUCCUCUACCUAUUGCACCAGGAAUACAAGAAGACCAGCAACAAGGAACUAAGGCACCUGAUUGAGAUGUCUGUGAUUUUAUGGGUCCUGGCCAUGACGAGCUGGAUCAGUGACCGUGCUCUUUGUGGCUUCUGGCAAAGAGUUAAUUUCUCUUACCUCCACAGCAUCUGGCAUGUGCUUAUCAGCGCCACCUUCCCAUAUGGCAUGGCCAUCAUGCUCUUGAUAGAUGCACAAUACGAGAUGCCGGGGAAGACCCUUAAAUUGCGCUACUGGCCGCGGGACACUUGGCCCGUGGGGAUGCCCUAUGUGGAACUCUCUGACAGUGACAAGAGCUGCUGAGCCCUGCUCCACGCUGGACUCUUGUCUCCUGGGUGGUGAGGACAGAUGUCAGGACCAGAACAUCAACCUGAGGGACAGUUUUGGACACUCCCCCCAGCUUUGUG